CUAAUACAAGAAUUAAAAGCCCAGGAAGAAUCAACGGAUUUGUUGAAUCUCUCAGAGGACAGGUGUCCACAGAUCCUUGAAUGAGCUCAAAGCACGAGACUUUAACACCGUCUCCGUCGCCGGAAUCACUGAUUUGGUCGGCGAAAUCCACCUGAGCAACGGAGCGAAGAAGAACUUGGGUCGUAUUCAGUCUAUAUUGUCUCCGAGACCCAGAAAGAAGAUUUUUCAAGUUUUGAGCUUCAAAUGGAAGUUGAUUGCUUCGACUUGUUGAAUCAGUUCGAGCAUGUUCUUGAAUCUGACCCUCUCAUUGAUGAAGUCGGGUUUAUUCACCCCUCACAGUUCACGGUGCUGGAUAAAGAAGCAGGAUUCUUCAGUGAGGUCACAAGUUUCUGGAAUCAAGAUCAUAAACUGGGAAUAUCAACCGAUAUACUUAUGCGACUAUGUAAAGAUGCAAAACAUGCGUUUCUGACUGCGUUCAACGAGUACAAACGCCAUGAAAACGCGUCUCCUGAGUCCCCAGCUAAAAACACUCUUGAGAGCAAAGUCAUGAAGCAUAGCCAAGCUCUUUUGCUGUUAAGCUCAGACUUUGGAACUGCAUGGAAUGCAAGGAAGUUGAUCUUGUCCGGAAAGAAUCAACCAUGCGCAUACACGGAAGAACUUCGUCUUUCUAGGCUCAUUCUUUCAAACUGUCCAAAGAGUGAACCAACAUGGAGCCACAGAAGGUGGAUAAUUAAGAUGAUUUCUCGGAGAUUUUCCACACCACAAGAGAUUAUCACCAAAGAGUCUGAGCUAGUGGAGUCAAUAGGCGAGAGAUCAAAGAUGAACUAUCGUGCAUGGUAUCACCGUUGCUGGUUGGUUUCCUACAUGACAAUCGAGCAGGUGCUACAAGAGUUGAACAAAUCUAAAAAGUGGGCAGGGCUGCAUGUAGCUGAUAGUUCGUGCUUCCAUUAUCGCAGACGGCUGAUGCUCAGAGUUUUGGAGGCACUUAAUGUGAAAGUAAACAAUGCUUCUGAUAAAACUGAGGCACAUAAAAUCUGGAUGGAAGAGCUUGAUUGGAACAAAGAGUUGGUAGAACGUUACUUAGGACGAGAGGCACUAUGGCUUCACCGACGGUUCCUCUCUCUUAACUGGAUAAUGUAUUUCGGUAGCAAUCAUUCAUCUGAAACCGGAGAGAGUAUCGUUAUGAAUAAAGAAACUGUCAUCUUCAUUGAUAAUGAGAUCCAUCUUCUAGAAUCUUCUAUGACCGUUAAGGAUACCAAGUUUGAAGAUUUUCAAGCUCAAGCACUACAUGCUGCUGUCUACAUGCUAUGGCUGACAAAGCAUAUUCCAGAAUUGUGGAGAAUGCUUGAGGAGAAGCUUGGAACAGAGAAACUCAAGUGUGUAGUGAACACAGUUGCUCAAGAGAGACCAUCCUCGCUUUUGCAUCAAAUAGCCUCAUAUAUUUCUUUCUACACGAUAACUCCAACUUCUUCUUCUUCUCUACAACCAGACUUCAUCAAAUGUCUCCACAGAAACACAAAUGUUAAUUUCCCACUCGACAAGACGUUCUUCACUUCCAAAAGAAACGCAUCCAUCUUCAACGAAGUCCUUGAAUCAACGGCUCAGAAUCUCCGGUACUUGACAAAGUCAAUGCCUAAACCGGUAUUCAUAUUCACACCGGUUCAUGGGUCUCACGUUCAAGCUUCCAUCAUCUGUUCCAAGAAACUCCGAAUUCAUCUCCGUGUUAGAAGCGGCGGUCACGAUUACGAAGGCUUGUCUUAUGUCUCGCAGAUCGAAACACCGUUUAUAUUGAUUGAUCUGUCGAAACUGAGACAGAUCAAUGUUGAUAUUGAAGACAACAGUGCUUGGGUUGAAGCUGGUGCUACAAAUGGUGAGCUUUACUACAGCGUCGUCGUGGGGAACAAUGGGAACAAGACUGUGGCAACAUCGUACGUAGGUCAGUUUCUUGGGGAUAAAGGCACCUUGAUGGAAGUUAUGAAUAAGGGUUUUCCGGAGCUAGGGUUAACUCUAGAGGAUUGUAACGAAAUAAGCUGGAUAGAAUCCGUUGUUUACAAUGCUGGAUUCCCACAACGUUCUCCUAUUGAAGUCUUGCUUGAAGCCAAGUCGCCUAUCAGAAAAGAUUUCUUCAAAGCAAAGUCGGAUUUUUUCAAAGAGGCUGUACCUGUUUUAGGGCUCAAAGGAAUGUUCAAAAGAUUACUUGAAGAAGACUCGUCAUUUAUGAUUUGGACUCCUUAUGGUGGAAUGAUGGAUAGAAUCAAUGAGUCUGAGAUCCCAUUUCCCCAUAGAAACGGAACCAUCUUCAUGGCUAACUAUUACACGGGAUGGUCAGAGACAGAGAACGACCAGAGUCCACCAAACAAACACAUCGAAUGGAUCAGAGAUUUGUACAGUUACAUGACGCCUUAUGUCUCAAGCAACCCAAGGCAAGCUUAUGUGAAUUACCGUGACCUAGACCUCGGGAUGAACAAGAGAAACGCGGAAUUGAGUUUCAAGCAAGCUCAAGUUUGGGGAGCUAAGUACUUCAAGAACAAUUUCAACAGAUUGGUGAAGAUUAAAGCAAAUGUUGAUCCAGAGAACUUCUUCAGACACGAGCAGAGUAUCCCACUUUACCCUUGUCGCAGCUAA